AUGCUGCGAUACUCAAAUCCGAUCGUACCGGCUAGAAGUUCAAUCGCAAGGAUCUUCAGCAGCCAAGUCAAACCGCAGCGGGUCCUCGGUGACCAAUGGUCUUUCCGCACUCCCAAUCGCUCGUUUGGCUCUACCCUUGUGUGCUCCUCCCGGGCAGCUGAGCGGCAGCCUCGGUCAGGCUCCCAGCGACGAAGUGCAGACAAGAAGAAGACACCGGUAGUCAGCGAGUUCCAGCCGGCCGUGUACGAGGGAAUGGACUCCGUCAAGAAAUUUCUGUCAGCUGGACGAUGUGUGGUAGUCCUGCAGCCAGGAAAGUCUAAGCUCUUCUACGACGGUAAUCCUGUUGUGUUCGGUGGUGCGGUCCAAGGAAAGCUAGUGGGAUGGGGCUUGUACAACAGCGAUAGCAUGUACAGAGUCAGAAUGUUAUGGCUCGAAAGCAUGGACGGAAAGAGUGACGAUGAGAAGGAUUUUACAAUGUUCAACAUCAUCAAGAAGCGAUUGACAAAUGCUGCUGCUAUCCGCUCUGCUCUGAGCCUUCCUGAUGAGGAAACCAACGCCUACAGGCUGAUCAAUGGUGAGGGCGACCGUCUCAGUGGCGUUGCAAUCGACGUUUACUCGAACUGGGUUGUGAUUUCCUCUUCCGCUCGGUGGGUUGAGAUCCACAAGGAUGUUAUCAUGGAGGCCGUCAAGGCUGUUGUUCCAGUCACCUCGGAGGUUGUGUGGAGGCAAUCCAUUGACAGGCUGCGGCAAGAUGGGUUCGAUAUCCCAACAAGGGCGUCACGAAGCAAUGCAGACGAGGAGCUGCAGGAGGAGGACUUAGACAAAGACGAGAUUUCCGAACCAGCCGGCAAGCAGGAAUCUGCAGAGUCUACGAUCAUCUCAGAGUAUGGUGUCAAGUUUGUUGUUUCCCCGAAGCUCGGACAGAAGACAGGUCACUACCUUGACCAAAGAGAUAACCGAUAUGUGCUAGGAAAACUUUGCAAAGGAAAGUCUGUUCUGGACACGUUCUGUUACAGUGGAGGUUUCAGCUUGCACGCUGCCUUGAAUGGGGCAACGAGAGUCGAUGCAGUGGACUCCUCCGAUGCGGCCCUGAAGCUCGCGAAGUUGUGGAGAUUCAGACACCAGCAACUCGCUGAUUCCUGGUGCAGGAUGAACGCUGAGCUGAAUGGAGUGGCUGAAGUGGUCAGCCUCCAUAAGGCAGACGUGGGAGACUUCCUCACGGAGCAAGUUGGCAAAGGAUGUCAAUGGGACGUUGUCAUCCUGGAUCCUCCAAAGCUAGCUCCAUCAAGGAAGGAUCUAGAGCGGGCCAAGACCAAGUACAAGAAGCUGAACAAGGCCGCCAUGCAGACGGUGAAGCCAGGAGGAUUGCUCUUGAGCUGCACAUGCAGCGCUGCCAUGGCACAGAGCGGAGAGCUGAUCGAUGUGAUCAAGACUUGCGCGAGCGAACUCGGGAGGCAAGUCACGCUCCUCAAGGUUCUUGGAGCAGGGGGCGAUCACACGAUCCUCCCCGCCUUCCCCGAAGGACAGUACCUCUGCGGUUAUCUCAUAGCUGUGCUGUGA